UAUAUCUUCUGAUGCGAUUCAUUUGCAUUACCUUCUGUUCGAUUCCGAUUUCUGACCCCGCGAGAAAAUAUAGAGAGAGAGCGCGAAAUGGCCCUGCCUCUCAAUGUGAUUUCCCCAGUUCUUUUGAUUCUAGGCAUACUUUCGACAGGACCCGGGUUUUCCGACUCGGCGAGAAUCUUCACUAUUAUCAACAAUUGCAAAGAGACGAUAUGGCCUGGAAUCACCCCGGGCGAAAACUUCAAUGGCGGCGGCUUCGACCUGAAAUCCGGCCAGUCCAUUGUCUUCACGGCCCCUGUCGGGUGGUCGGGGCGGAUCUGGGGCAGGACGGGCUGUGUGUUCGACAAGGACGGCAAUGGCACAUGCCAGACGGGGGCUUGCCGCUCCGCGCUCAAGUGCAAGGCCUCCGGGGACCCCCCCGCGACUCUGGCCGAGUUCACCCUCACGGCCACCGAUUUCUACGACGUCAGCCUCGUGGAUGGGUUCAACUUGCCCGUGGCCGUGACCCCGCUCAACGGCCAGGGGAACUGCAGCGUUGCCGGGUGUGACCAGGACCUUCGGCCCUCCUGCCCGAAGGAGCUGUCGGUCAAGGUCAAGGGCAAGACGGUGGGGUGCCGGAGCGCCUGCGACGUGUUCAACACGGACGAGUAUUGCUGCAAAGGGCUCUACGGCAAUCCCGUGACAUGUCAGCCCACGUAUUACUCCAAACUGUUCAAGCAAGCGUGCCCGACCGCUUAUAGCUACGCUUACGACGAUCCCUCCAGCAUCUUCACUUGCGUCGGGACCGACUACGUGAUCACCUUCUGCUCAGCCAGGUUGGAAUCAAACGGUGUGCACGUACCACGACAACAGGCUCGUGUGCAGCGGAUCCAACAACGAGGACUUCGGAUCACAGACAGGAAGAUUCGGAAUCUUGUUGCUCGCGUUGGUGUCGCUACUUAACUUGUUGAUCAUGUCUUAACUCUCGAGAGAAAAGGAUCGCAAAAGAAGAGAGAAAAAAUUCUCUUCUUUAUAAGCAGUAUUCUUUCUGAUUCUUUUCUUCCUCGUGUGGAUUUCCAUCGUCGGCGCAAUUCUCUGACAGCUUUCGUCAUUGGGUUGACAUCAAAGGCGGUCAAAAGUUUUUCGACCAGUUAUGUAUUUGUCAGAUUUGUCUGUAAAUAUGAAUUUGGUGCAUGAUCAAACAUUUUUUUUUUCCCUCGACCAUUGAGUUAUUUUUUUUUU